AUGCAUGUCGCCAAUGAUGGGAGCUUUUACUUGACCAUCGAGGAAAGCAAUGAACUCCGAAAAAAACUUGGAAUGAAACCUCUCAAUGUAACUACAAACCAAACAGCUACAUCAUUGGAAAGAGGAAUCGAGCCAAAAAAUGAAGAAGAUGAAACUUCCGAAGUACAUAAACGGAUCGAGUUAGCAAAAAUAAAAAGAAAAGAAAGAGAAUUAAAGAGGAUAAAAGGAGAAGAUGACGAAGAAGACAUCAAGCCAACAGUUGUAAAAAAAGAAAAAAGAGUAAUUCUUGAAACAAAUGAGGAUGAGGAAAUGAUUCAAAACUCAUCGAAAACCAAAGUCUACGAUUUACACGCUAGUAAACCUACAAUUGCUUCUGAUUUUGAGGCUGUAAAAAAGAAGAAAGCAAAAAAUAUCAGAGUCAAAGAAAAAUUAUCAGAUGCAUCAAUCACUACUUCCGGAGCUGAUUUGUUGUCAAUGAUGGAGUUGAACGCAGCAGUUCUUGGUGAAGAAAGCAAAGCAACCAGCAGAACAGAAAGAAAAAUUUCAAGGAGAGAAGAAAAUCUCUUGUUAGAAGAAAGAGAAAAAGAUAGGAACUAUCAAGAAGCAAUUGACAAAGCUCAUGAGCAAUCUAAAGUUUUACAUCAAUCGUUCAGCUCUAAUUUUGAAACAAAUAGAGAAGAGGACUCAAUACUAAAUUAUAAUCAUGGGAAAAAGUAUGACGCAACUAAGCAUUUUGUAAAAACAAUAUCAAUCGAAAAAGCUGACAAUGAGGAAGAGGCCGUUAUCAAUAAGAGAAAAAGAAAAAGUCAAAGCUUAAGAACAAAAGACGCUGAUGGAGAUCAAGUAAUGGAAGAGGCAAGUCAGACUACUACUAUUGUACAGACAACAGAGGUAAAAAAAGAGGAGGAGGAGCCACCAACGAAUCUUCAAGAAGAGCUUAUUAAGGAGCCAUUAGUAUCUGAUGGAUUGCUUGCAACACUCGAAUUUGCAAAACGACAAGGAUUUCUUGAAGACAAGAGAGUUGGCCGAAAUAAGGAUAAAUCUCACAUUGAAGAGAGAGAAAAAUCAAAAUUACUUGAGGUUAAUGAAGAUAUCGAUUUUGUAAUCGAGCAUUUGGAUCAGUAUGGUCGAGCCACAACACCAAAGCAAGCAUACAUUAACUUUUCACACAGCUAUCAUGGAAACAAGCCAAAGAAAAAGAAAGUGGCUAAGGAAAAAAAAAAGAUGGAAUUGGAGCGACGUAGAAACGCCGGAGCUUCAGAUGACAGCAUGAAAGUUUUGGAGACUGUCAUGAAAGAGACUAAACAACCGUUUGUUGAAAUCACAAAGGAAACCUUUGAAAAAGCUGUGGAGAUUAGAACAAAACUGCAAAAAGAAUUCAAACCCAAAAAGAAGAAGCAAAAGAAGGAGGAAGUAAAAGAAUAG